GUAGCAAUCUUAAAUUAUACAAGCGCAAUAUUUUUAUUCAAAAAUUGGAAAUCAUUUUCACAGGCCCCUCGUAUUUGAUCAGUCUUAUUCCUACGGAAAUUGUCAUUAAAUCAAAACCUAAAUCACUCCUGAACAUCAGUCGUACCUCUCAAUUGACAAGCACUUAUCGAAGCCAUCUUCAACCCUAUUCGCCGUGGUGAAGAAUGAGACAAUGACACCUCCGAGUGUCACGAUCUGUCCUGAACCAGGGAUGAACUUGGCAGAAGUUCAGCAGUUGAUUGAAUCCUGGGAUUACUUGAAUGUCACAUCACCAGCAACGGAUUUCCUCCAACUAGCAUUUCAACGCAAUUCAUCUUUGCUGAAUGAAUACUUGACCAAAAUAGGUUACAGACCGCAAGAAAUAAUUACUGGAUGCAACUUGGCGUCAACGAAUUGCGUUCCUGGAAAAAAUUCUGCCCAAGCAAGAACAGCAGCUGGAGAGUGGACAAUUCAGUGGUACAAAAGACUUCACUUAGCAAGUAUUCGGGCAUGUUUUUGCUUCAGACCGAACGUGUCUAUGUCAGCUGGAAUCAGCGAAAUGUUCGUCAUAAGACUUGAAAUCCCCUACAAAUCUCUCAGCGUCAACGGAAAACCAGUCAUCUUUCGGCAGGGAAAGACUAUAUCAGCAUCAGACAUCGGCUGGUUCGUUUACUUUCAUCAGAACUCGGCGAAAAUCACAGAUCUGGACAGAAUUUCGUACAAGCCGUAUCACUUUUUUGAACCCACGAACAAUCAACUUUACGUCCAAUUUACAGCGCAACAUUUGAGUUUCUUAAACAAGGACGAUUCUCCGUGUACGGAAGAACCUGGGUACACCUACGUGAAGUGCGUGGAGGACUGUGUGAUGUCUUCGGAGUAUUUCAAUUGUUCCAUUCCAUUGCCAACGGCGAAUUACGACAAUGUAAAGAAGAACACAUGCGCAACACCCUCGGAACUCGAAACCUAUACUCGAGCAUAUGGCGGGAUGUGGAAUAAUAAGCAAGGAAGACUGGUUGAGUUGGAGAAGAAUUGCGGAUGCCCGAGAAGGUGCGAAAUGAUCCGGUACACAGCGCAUUUAGUUCAAAACCGCGUCAAUGAUGGAUCAUCCGCAAUCAUCGGAACCACAUCAAAUGACAUCGCGAACAUAAGCGUCGUCAACAGGACCAAUUUCGUGGUGAUCCGUGGCUAUUUCCCUUCGUCCGAAUUCGAAAGUUUCACGGAGCAAUGGAGUUUUGAUAUAAUUCAGCUCUUCGGAGAACUUGGAGGAAACGCGGGGUUAUUGCUGGGAAUCUCCGUCUUAUCUAUUUACGAAGGAUUGGAGUUCCUGGUGCUAUUAUUUUCGGGUGGACUCGACCGAAGAACAGGCCCCAACGCAUUUCCUAAAGUCGGCACGAGAGAACCAGCGACCGUAAGCGCAGAUAUCGUUCAAGAACUUCAUAGUACACUAUAAGGUUCGUGCGUCGCAGAGAAAAAACUUGUUCAAAAUCGCCGGAAACCUGUUAAUUUUAUUCGCGGGGACUCCAAAAGACGAUCGGACCCAGCGGCAAACACAAAAUGAUUGCAAAUUUCGGAUCACAAAAAUAGACAUGGGUAAUACUGUACGAGAUUAUUUUCUAGGAGGAAUACUACCGCAAAAUUGAUCACCUCCUCUCAAUCAUUUCAUUUAAUUUCGAAGACACAAUUUUUUUCGAUUUUGAUGCCAUCUGUAAGCUUACCCGCAUACAACUUACCGUCUGGCAUUUUUCUAAGCC